UAAUAUUAAUUACUCGCUAAUUAGAGAGAGAGAGGGGGGGGAGGGGGAGAGAGAGAGAGUGAAAAAACCCUCUCAUGGUCACCCCGGUGCGGACGUUCGCCGGAGCUCCUGCGAGACGGGAGAAGGUGCGGCGCAUCUUCGAGCUCUUCGAUGCCGACGGCGACGGCGCCCUAGGCCGGUCGGAGUUGUCGGCGCUCGUGGCUGCCGUCAACCCCGGCGUCGUCUUCACAGCCGACCAGCUCUGCUCAGUCCUCGACGCCGUCUUCCGCUCCUACGCCGGCGCCGCUGACGCCGACCGCCUCUCCCUCGCCGGCCUCCUCCGCUCCUACGACGACGGCGCCGGCGACGUCGACCGCGACUUCGCCGCCCUCUUCCCCGACCUCGCCCCAAGCCCUAAGCCUAGCCCUAGCCCUAGCCCUAGCCCCAAUGGUCCUCUCAGCCCCCUUGCCUCCCCCAUCCACGAGAUCGCCUUCGACUCCACCCGCGCGGCGGUGGCGCGGCUGGAAGCCCUAAUCAAGAACCGCGAUGGGGGAUUCGCGAAGGGGUUGAGGGAGAUCAGGGCGAAUCUCGACCGUUCGGGAGCGGUCGAGGCGGCGUCAGAGGGCCACGUGGCGAUCGGCCGCGCCCUCUUCCGCGCGCGGCUUCUCCCCGACGCCGUCGACUGCUUCCGCCGCGCCGCGGAGCUCUCCCCCGCGGACCCGCGCGCGCACUUCCGCCUCGGCACCGCGCUCUCCGCGCUGGAUCGGCCUCGCGACGCCCGGCGCAGCCUCUCCGCCGCGCUCGAGACGGCGUCGGCGGACGCGCUGCGCUGGCAAGCGCUCCUCCCCCAGAUCCGCGUGAACCUCGGCGUCGUCCUCGAGCGCGAGGGCCUCCUCCUCGCCGCGGCCGAGCACUACCGCGCCGCCGCGCGCCUCUGCCCCACCCACUACCGCGCCCUCAAGCUUCUCGGCAGCGCCCUCUGCGGCGCGGGGGAGCACCUCCGCGCCGUGGCCGCGCUGGAGGAAGCGCUCCUCCUGAAGCCGGAUUUCCCGGACGCACUCUGCGACCUGGGCGCCGCGCUCCACGCCGCGGGCGAGCGCGACCGCGCGGCGCAGUGCUUUGACAGGGCUCUUCAGCUCGACGCCGCCCAUGCCGACGCGGCGUUCAACCUCGGCGGCGUGUUUAAGGACAUGGGCCUGUACGGACCCGCUGUGGAGGCGUACGGACGCGCCCUCGUGUCUCGGCCGGACCACUGGGCGGCCGAGCUGAACCGGGCCGCCGUGCUCCUCGGCGCUGGCCAGCCGGCCGCAGCCAAGAAGGCUCUGGAGGAGGCCUACAAGCGAACAAAGCGGGUCGAGCUCUACGAUGCGAUCUUAUACGUGAAGAAGCACCAGAGGUGGCUUAGGCUUAGAGAAGGUAACGGUGUCGAUUUUGCGGUCGUUGAUCCUUCUGCGUUCAAAACAGCAGAUAGGAGAACAACGCAUGCGAGGUGUUUGACGGAUGCUCUCUGUAUAAGGGACAUCCAGAAGAUUACCCGGUUAGGCCGAAUCGAUGCUAAUUUGCUUCGGAGGGAGAUGGGAGGGCGGGAGAGAGUGGCUACGAAGGCCGAAUUGGAGGGGAUUCUAAGGAAGCUUCUCCAUUUCCUCAACGUCGAAUCAUUUCAGGAGGCGAUGAAGGUGAUCAACGAGAAGAUUUUGACCAUUCUAGAUGCUACAAGUUCAGGAAAGAUUGACCUUAGUAUGUUCUUUGCAGUCGUCGCCCCUAUAUGCACGGGCCCGCCAGAAAAUCGCAAAGGUGUUGCCUUCGAUUUCCUCUCUGAUAAUGGAGGAUUCAACGGCCGAAUAUCUAAAACUGAUGCUUCCAUAUAUUUGAAGUACAUGAGGGUGAUAUACUUCCAAAAUUCACAGUCAUUCAGUGAUCCGGUUGAACUUGGUGGGCAAGAAGAAGAUCGCGCGAAAAUAUUGUUCUCAGAGUUUGUUGGUAUUUUUGAUGAUGCAGAUCGCGGUUUCGGGAUUUUGCCAAUCGUUAUAAAGCUCGAGGCCAUGGAUAAUGCACGCAACAGUAGGCAAGCAUGCGGAGUUUGCAAGUACCAGAUCGGCGGAUUGAUGUUCAAGGAGAUUGCUUGCCAUUUCUGGCUGUGUUCGAGCUGUUACAGUGAACACAAGGUACCAUCUGCAUUUAGGAAAGAUGAGUACGUGUUUAAGGAGUAUAUGAUUGAUAACUCUCGGUGACGGUAGCGAGGACGGCGCCACCUCUCCUCCUCCUCCAUCUCUCCUCGCCGGCGCCGGUAGCCCUCGGUGACCGUAAUGAGGGCGGCCCGCCUCCUUUUCCUCCGCCUCCGCCUUUGCCGGCGCCGGAGAAGGAGAAGAACUUGGAGCGGAUUUGGGUAAGGACAGAGUGGAUAGAAGAACUCGAAGCGGAUCUGGAUGAGGACGGAGCAGACGAAGGCAAUGAGGUCGUUGCCGAGUAAGUGCUCACCGCCGGUGAGAGUGAGGAAAAAAGACGUGCCUAUUUCCAAUGAGCAAACAAAGAUGCAGAUGGUAGAAAAAAAUAAAAAGUAAAAAAAUAAGGCAAAGGGCUUGGUGGUUGGUACCCGAAGUUCCAAGUUCGAAUCCUAGUU